UGUCGUCAUGCCCGUGUGUGCCAAAUGGGCUGUCAGUAGUUAUUGGGAGUAACAAGUGGAUUCAACAGUGACACUUUCUCUGCAGAGAGCUGCUGUCUUCAUCUCUCGACUACUGCUCUGUCGAAACAAACCUGAGUAUUUAAUAAUGGACUCCGAUACCAGCCGAGUGUCUAGCCGACCAUCCUCCCCCGAAGUGCACGAUAUGUUCCUGCAUUCAAUGAAGAAGCAUAUGGUGGGCUUCUCCGGUACGGUCUCCUCCACACAGAGCGAUUCUCCGCCGGAAAUACCCGCGGAUCUACGGAGCCUCUCCAGCAACGACGACGAUGACAUCACCCUGAAGAUGCUGUCAAAGAAGGACCGUAAACUACUCUCGGAAAACGAGUUGCAGGGUAUGCGGCUGAAGAUCAACAGUCGCGAGCGGAAAAGGAUGCACGACCUCAACAUCGCCAUGGACGGCCUCCGGGAGGUCAUGCCUUACGCACAUGGACCCUCGGUGCGCAAGCUCUCCAAAAUCGCCACCCUCCUCCUGGCGAGAAACUACAUCCUGAUGCUGAGCAACUCGUUGGAGGAGAUGAAGAGGCUGGUCAGUGAAAUCUACGGCAGCGGACACCACAGCGGCUUCCACCCCACGGCAUGUGGGACCAUGGCGCACACCGGGCCCCUGCCCGGCCACCCUGCUGUUUCCCACGCCUCCCACCCAGUGCAUCACCCCCUCCUUCCCCCGGCAGUGUCAACGGCCGCCUCUCUUUCUGCGACCGGUCUCACCUCGGUUCGAGCCCACCAUGGACUCCUGAAGGCUCCCUCGGCCGGCCCGGGGCCACUGGGUAGCAGCUUCCAUCACUGGGGCGCCGGCAUGCCCUGUCCGUGCAGCAUGUGCCAGGUGCCACCCCCGCACGUGUCCGGUAUGAGCACUGUCACGAUGUCCAGGCUGACGAGUGACUCCAAAUGACUUGAACUCUGAGCGGAAGAAGAGUGAGCGAGAAAGGAGAAAUAAACUUUCGGUUUCAGGCGUUACCGUGGAUCUCUUCCCUCAUCAGCGCAUUUUUGUAUUUUAUUUAUCUGUUGCUGAAAUAAGAUUUUGAUUGAGCCAGCAGAAAUGCAUGACUCCUGGCAACUGGAGGAGCGCUAGCCUACUAACAUAGCAUUUUGUAAAAUGAUUUAGCUUAAUUGAUAACAGGUGCUUAUGAUACAUUUUCCUAUUUAGGAAAGCCCUUUCAGCAUGCAGAACUAUCUUUUAGUUGUGGCGGUUUUUCAUCAUACCGAUGACAUUAAUGAUGGCUUUUAUUCUCGUGGUCUCAUUAUUUUGAACUUUAGACUAGCCCAUUCCGAAAACAAAUCAAAGACUACAUUUAGGUUUAGCCAACGGGAAGAGAACAGAAACGGUAAUGUAGAAUGUACAUAUGUAGAUUCGGAAUUCUGUUUAUAGUGCGAGAGAUUUUAUAUCAGGUUCUUGGUUAAUGUUUGAAUUAACCCCUUUAGCGUCCGUCUGCUUUUCAGCUCUGUAGCGCUGAUACCAUGAUACUGUUUCUGCCUCUUGAAUCUGUAUGUCCUUUCGAUGUUUUCAUUUCCUCCAGCGUCACUGCCGAGCCUAGAUGGCUGUUAACCUGUGUGUUUCUCUUCACGAUUUUUUUUUGUUUGUUGAAAAGCAUGCCAGUCACUGCCCGACGCAAAGAAUGAUCACUCCUUUAUUUUUUAUAUAUAAAAAAAAAAGUGCUAAAUGAUAUUUAUUUACUUAUUUUCGAUGGGAUAUGAAAUGAAUCAAUUACUCUUAUUAUGUUGGGAUUUUAAAUGUUAAAUAAAAAGUGUAAUCGAUUUAUUUUGUUUGGUAUUGGUUAUUGCUAUCAGAAGUGUUGAAGUUCUAUUGUAUUCCAAAUCUCUUCCAAAAGCCAUCCAUUAGACUCAAUGACAAACUGAAAUGUUCUAAAUGUAAAUAUUUGUAUUUAAUUAAUUGAAUGAUAUGCAGCCAUGCAUUUUUAAAUGUAACUUAAGUAGGCUACUCAAUGCUGUAUUUAAAUAAUUGCAUUCAUUAAUCAACAUUCAAUUAAAUUAAUACCCCGGCAGAAUCCAGAAUCAGGUAGGAAUAGCAGUUCAAAUCCUUCGUUUGAGCAUUCGCAAUGCAGCUGUAAAUUUAAAAUGUCCCAUAGAAGCUGCAACAAAUCGAAAUCAUUAGACUGAUGCAUUUUCCAUAUUAAUAAAAUCGAAGUAUUUAUUCCCAAAUGCAUUUACACCGGUUAUUAUAAACGCAUAAACGCCUUAACACGUAGCCAACCCCACACAUUAUAUCCUAGCAUUAUCUAUUCGCUGCCCUGUUUACAUUAUCCGUGCUCAAUAAUAUAAACUCAACUACCUCUUAACCAUUUAUAUUGAUAUUGUACUGACUAACUUCAUUAUAUGUACUGCAGGCCUAUAAUUGUGUUCUUUAUUUGUUUGUGUCCUAUUUCUCGUUAAUUCAGCUGUUGUUGUGGAAAUUAAUAAGCGGUUCUCUGACAUCUACACCUGUUGAAAUCUGCCAUGUGAAUAAAUUACGUCCCAUUCAAGACACGUUAUUGAU